AUCGCGGCGCGUUACGUGUCGAAAGAUUCCAACUCUGUUUUUGGAAGGUUGAAGCUUUCGUGUACAAAGAACGACAAAAAAAAAUCAGAACGUUUUGAUCGUGCUCUGUCUCUUUCGUUAAACUUUGAAUCUGAUUGGCACAAUGCAGUGCGUAAAGGAAGACUACGGCGGCGGUGCCACCAUAAUAGUAAUCAUAGAGAGUGA